CAUGGAGAAGAAGGUAGUUGCUCUGCUGGAGGAAGUAACCAAUGCAGUGUGGCUGUGUCAGGAUGCAAGAUAAAUCUUUAUGCAGCUCAUAUCUUCAUUAUCAACAUAAUUAUUACUUGUUGGACUUGAUGUAGUAAUACUAUAUCUUGAAUAGAUUCUUGAAGAAGCUUGGCUCUGCUCCACCUCGACAUAGACAGGUCGUGUUCCUUUUUUGCUUCGUCUUCAAAGAUUCCUUCACUUCUACUUGCUAAGAAACAUACUACCUUAAGCUUAAGAAUAGCCUCAUCAAUCUCAGGCCACAUGCCGAAUAGAUUUAGAUUCACAUCAUCAAGAAUAUCCUCAAACCGAAAUCUUUUGCCUUUCUAAUUUCUUUUCAAGCUGUUUUUUACUUCCUUCUUUCGACCAGCUGGUUACCGAGAACAUCAAGAACAAGCGGAGCGAAAAUAUCGAGAAGAUUUAAUCGAUGAAUAUUUUUUUGUGAAUAGAGACGAUCAUCCGCGCGCCGAUGGUCGUCGUGAUUGGGAGGUCUUCAUACACGACAGCCUCCCUCUUUUCGAAAAAGCGAAGCGAGAUCGGCAACAAUUGGAUGCCCUUCAUUCCCGGUUGCAACUUUAAGACUCGACUUACAUAAUUGAACAUGAUGUAGUCAUAGACAUAGUCUAAGUCUUCUAAUUCUACUGCUAGAAAUCGUUUUUCUAGAAAGAUCAUGGAGAGGGUUGUAACAACAUCCGAUAAAAUUGCUUGAAAACUGCUGCUGUAGCUCUACCUAUGGUAGUGGUACUAGAAGCAAACCGAAUUUUUAUUGGACGAUAAGCGAUCAGUUCAACAUAGUUUGACUCACUGAAGAGGUCUACUUGCUGACUUGGACUGAGGUCUUCUAAGAAGCACAGGAAGAAGCACAAGAAGCAAAAAAGCUUCUCGAAGAGCAGUUCCUCGAGGAUGAAAAGCGAAAUAAAGCUCAUGACCUCGAUUGUGCGGUGGCGGCAUUGGAAAGAUUUAAGAAACAACUUGGCGCGGAAGUCGAAGAAGUAGAAGUAGAACCACGGGAACUAGAUGACGUGGAGGUUGAAGGAGAAGUAGGUCUCCCAAUGCCAAUCGAAAGUCGUAAACGGAAAAUGACACCGACCGAAGAACAAAAAGUGGAACAGCAGAGCAGGAAAAGAAAUAAACGGCCACUUCUACAUCUGAAUACUUUAGAACAAGAUCAUCUUCGCUCUCGUCCUGCAAAGCUUCCCACUUUGGCUAAGGUCGUUUGUCGUCAACUAAUGGCUCCGCGACAAGAGACAGCAAGUAGUCCAGAUUUAGAGAGCUGUCGAGAUGAGAUUAGUCAGAACCUACGAUUGCAAACUAAAAUUUUGGAAGACCUUUACAAUUUCGUGUUUUUCACGACUGCUGGCCGGCAACAUCUAGAAGAACGUGCUAGUGUAGAAGUUAAGGUCAACAAUAUAUUAAUGUGUCCAUCUUUCCCAGCAUCCUCUCGCUAUCCUUCUCCCUUGUAUUUCUCAUGAGAACAACGGAGUCGUCGAGAUGAAGACGGGGGGACCGAGAUGAUGAUGAACAAUAGAAUUUGUGAUACUCAUCUCGAUCUCUAUAUAAUGAACAAUAUUAAAUUUACAAUAUAAUCGCAUUAUUGAAUAGAUGCUGACAACUCUAAAAAUAGUGGCUCUUCAGCUUCUGCUUGUAGCUCUUCGCCGAUUUCAAGAUCGCCGGCUCUUCCAACAAGAACUGAGAUAAACGCCGCAUUUCUGGGCUUACAGAAGUUGCAGGUGGCUGUAGACAAACUGAUACCCACUUAUAGCGAGCAGGUUCGACUGGCGUGGCUGGAGAUGGUUAAGAAUGACCGGCAUCCGAUGAAGCAGUCUUGUAUCAUCUGCAUGGCUGUCGAACCCACACAUGCAUCGACUUCCUGUGGUCAUUUUUCCAUGUGUGAGGCUUGCGUUUUUAUGAUGGAGGUGGUACAUUGAAGAAGAUCAUGUUGAAGUUGGUACUACAACACUUAUUCUAUUAGAAAUAGAGGUCUCCUAAGACUAAGUAGAUCUUGUUGAUCAUCCUAUUUUAUUAUAACGUACGCUAAGGCUAAGCUAACAGCAUCGCGUCUUCUUGCUAGACUGGUAGUUGUAAGUGCUUUGCUAAUCAGAUCUUGUUCUUGCCUUUUUUUCUACUUAAGCAACUCGAUCUGGAACUACUUCAAGACCAGGGCUUUUCGUAGUUGUUCUGGUGCUACCUGAACCUGUAGUACCUUGGAGUUAGAAACUUCUACUUCAAGACCAGGGUUAGUAGUUGUUCUACCUGUACAGAGAUGGCUAAGAGUGCAAUGCAAUGUAAUAAAUCUCGCACAACGUAGUAGAUACACACCUUUGAACAAGACACACCUCUUCUACUUACUUCAAGAACAGGGUCACUAAUGAUGUUCUUGUACAUAUUUUUCUAAUGAGGCAAGGCUCAAGACGACAGAUGACAAUAGAUGUCCCGUAUGUCGGGUGCACACGCCUCCAGACUCCUGGCUGAAGAUCCAUUUGGCGUGCGACACCGAAUACGUUCCGGAACCGAAAUUGAGUCAUCCUCCGUCGUCAAUCAUCACGCAGAACAACGGCGCCUGUCCUCCUGCGCCUCCAACCCUAACCCAUGUUACGAAGGUACCGUGAUGGACGCAUUUUAUUAUACAACAUUUUUAGUCGUUUAAUUUUCAACUUGCUGAGUGUGCGUGUGGGUACUAUAUCAAAUAUAGUCAUCAUACUUGAAGAACUUGAAAAGAAUGCUCUUUUAAAAGCUGGGUUCUUGACCGUUGCAAUGCCUCUAAUGAUGGCGCCAGUGCGCCGGGUAGAAUCAAUGAAAAUGGGCUUAUAAUGAGUGCUCUCGUGAGUGAGAUUCUGAGGUUCGCGAAUGAGAAUUCACCGAGCAAUAGAACAAUUAUCCCUCCUCAUGCGGAUGUCGAACAUGAAGCUGCACCUUCAGCUCCACCAAGUCCAAG